AAAAAGAUGGCCGGGUGAUUCAACGACCAGAUUCGGACGCAAACUUUUUAUGUUCUUUCGCUCUUCUGAAAGGAGAAAGAAGGGGAUUCAAUUUUGUAAUUAUGUUCCUGCAAUCUUGUAGAUUUUACAGUUGCCCAGAUACUAUUCUUAAUCCUCCUAAAACCCAAUUUUUGAUACGCAAAAAUUCAAGAAUUCGUUCUUAUUUUCCAUUUCGGUGUAUAUCUAAACUAGCAUGUCCUGCAACUGCAGUCAGUGAUGUUGCUGACAUUUUCCAGAACAAGGUUUUGAUAGCUGCAGCUUUAUCUGCUGCAAUUGGGCAAUUGUCAAAGCCAAUUACUUCAACUUUAUUUUAUGGCAAGAAUUUUGAUGUUAAGGCUGCGGUUCAGGCUGGAGGGUUCCCUUCUACCCAUUCCUCUGCUGUGGUGGCCACUGCGACUUCUCUUGGUUUGGAAAGGGGUUUCUCUGAUGCAAUUUUUGGUUUAGCUGUAGUUUAUGCAAGCCUUGUCAUGUAUGAUGCACAGGUUUGUGUUCCAACUACUGUCUUUUCUUCCUUUACGCUUUGAUCACUUAACUAUGCAUCAAUGUGCAAAUUGAACUUGGGGACUUUGAAAUGGAGGGUUUGCGGGUUUGAGCUUACUUUUUUGCAUGAAGGGGACAACAUUAGUGGUAGUAUUUUGUUCUAGCUUGUAUCAAGCAUUUGAAAAAAAGAAAAAAAAA